AUAAAAUGGCGUCUAUAGAGUACCGUUCGGUGUCCUCGUAAUUUUUUAUUUCAAUUACGAUUUAAAUGAUAAAAUAAUAACUAAUGUAUAGUUUUUCUUCACAGUUUUAUGUUUAACGCUUAAAAAGUUCGAAAAGCCCUCUAAACGUUUUUGUAAGAGUGCAAUGUCCGAGGAGUCGGAGCGGCAUGGCGAGUCGGCGGCGGCGUCACCGAGCACCGGCGGGGCGAGCGCCGCGCGCGUUGUGUUGACCGCGCACCAACUCGAAGCCGCUGCCGCGGAGACGCUUCGGUCCGCGUGGGCCUCGCAGGACUCAUACAUUGACCACCUCGAAACUUUGAACAAGCAGCUGGAAGGUAGCUUGGAAAAGGCGAAAGAGGUAGAAGAUAAAAUCAAACAACAAUAUGCAGAAUCACAACAUAGAGAGAAAGUCCUUGUUAGGCGGCUCGCUGCUAAAGAGCAGGAGAUCCAAGAUUAUGUUAGUCAAAUUGCUGAGCUCAAAUCAUCACACGCAAGUCUAAACGGGCGACCAACGCUACUAGACCCGGCAGUCAACGUACUUAUAUUAAGGUUAAAACAAGAACUAACGUCCACUAAGACUCGACUAGAAGAGACACAGAACGAAUUAUCAGCGUGGAAAUUCACGCCAGACUCGAAUACUGGGAAGAAACUUAUGGCAAAAUGUAGACUGUUACAUCAGGAGAACGAAGAUUUAGGGCGAAUGACGUCGAGUGGGCGAAUAGCGAAACUGGAGGGCGAUCUCGCGUUGCAAAAAAGUUUUAGCGAAGAAGUUAAAAAGUCACAAUCAGAACUGGACGAUUUUAUACAAGAGCUGGACGAGGACGUGGAGGGCAUGCAGAGCACGGUGCUGUACCUGCAGCAGGAGCUGCGCGCGGCGCGGGGUGGUGGCGGCGCGGUGAACGGCGCGCGGCUGUCGCCCGACAAGCGCGCCUACAGCCCGCGCGGCGACGCCGCCGGCGCGCCCGCCAAGCGCCGCCGCGCCUCCGUGCUGUCGCUCGACUACAACGAGGACGAGGAACCGCUGGUUCCCAACGGCGACGCCGACUAGCCCCCCGCAAACGAACGGACUCGCCGAGUGCGCUGCGCGAACGUUAACUUUAGUGUGUAUGUACUCUUAGAAGACAUGUUAGACGAUUUCUGUGUCGUACCCGUUGACUUAUCGGUGAGGCUGUGUCUAAAAACGUUCGGUACUUUUGCGUUUUAGCACCGUGGACCGCGUGACCGUCGAGUGAGUCGGCUUUUGACAUGGUACUCUUAAUGAAUUUUGAACAGACUCGGUUGACAAUUUUAUAAUUUAUUUAUGAUAAGUGCAUCGAUUGUGAUAUGUAUUAGAUUGCAAUAAUGUGUGAGCGAUACCGAUUGAUCUGUGUUGCUGAUUUUCGUUCGACGUGGCGUUUAUUUUUUUAUGUGCCCGUAUUGAUCGGUCAUAAUAAUAUAAGACCGUCGGGACCGUCAGCAAUAAUGAUAAACACCAAGCCUAAUGUUCUAUUAUAGCAACGUUUUUAUGAAAUUUGUGAAUUUCUACAUAGUAUAUUUAUAUUUUCAAAUUACAAUGAAUGUAUAUAGAGCUAUGUUAAUAAACAUGUAUUACUGGCA